AUGUUUGACCUCUCUUUUGCGCUGCCAAUUCUCUUCCUUGUUCCUUUCUUUUCCUCUUUUUUUAUCCAGCAUAUGCAAAUCUCUCUUUUUUCCUCAUACUUGAUCUCUCUCUGUCCUCUCAGCCGUUGUGCACAUAUUUUCCUUCUGUCUCUUCUCUCUGUCCUGUUUUUUUCUCUCUCUUUAAGCCCUCUCCUUACUGCCACCUGUCUAUUUCUCUCUCCUCAUGACCUCUCUUCUCUAGCUUCUCUGUCUGCUCCCCUUUCUCGCUCUGUCUGCUCCCCUUUCUCGCUCUGUCUGCUCCCCUUUCUCGCUCUGUCUGCUCCCCUUUCUCGCUCUGUCUGCUCCCCUUUCUCGCUCUGUCUGCUCCCCUUUCUCUGUCUCUGUCUGCUGUCCCCUUUCUCGCUCUGUCUGCUCCCUUUUCGCUCUGUCUGCUCCCCUUUCUCGCUCUGUCUAUAUAUAUUUCUCCCUGUCGCUCUGUCUGUCCCCUUUCUCGCUCUGUCUGCUCCCCUUUCUCGCUCUGUCUGCUCCCCUUUCUCUGUCCCUUUCUCCCAAAUAAUUACUCUCUCACUCACCCUUCUAUCAUGGAUUUUCAUCCCUUUUUUUUCUUCCUUUGUUGGACCCUGA